GCGGCCCAAAAAACAAAACAACAGCCUGGCCUAAAUUUUCAAGCGCAGUGAUGGCCCAGAACUAUUAUGAUGUUCUGGGUAUCACCCGAGAUGCGACUGUUGAGGAAAUCAAGCGCGCGUACAAAAAAGCGGCCUUGACCCACCACCCGGACAAGGGUGGUGAUGAAGACAAAUUCAAAGAGUGUGGUGCCGCAGUGGAAACCUUGACUGAUGAAAGGAAACGAGCUGCCUAUGACUCCACUUUGGUCAGGCUCCGUUCCAAAGACGGCCUUGGCAGCGGAUUCCACAGGUUUUCCUCACGCGACUCUUCGAGUGAACGGCCUCGACCAGGUGCUGUGCCUAAGCCGCCGCCAGCUCCGCAAACUGCUGCGCAUGUGCCUCAGCCACCCAAAGCGAAAAAGAACGUGGAGAUUCCUUCUGAUCCAGGUAUCCUCUCUAUCAAGGAGCUCAAGGAGUUGUUGACGGCUCUCGGCAUUGAUCACGAUGGGUGCUUGGAAAAGGCAGACUUGCUCGCGCUGCUUCGUGACAGAAAGGAACGAAAAAGUGGUGAUACACCUCGUGAGUCGAGCGUGCCCAAACCGCCGCCGGCUGCAUCAGCUGCCCCUUCGAGCAGCAGCAGUGCAACAGCCGGCAGAGCUUUAAGGGUGAAAGUCAUGUCUAUAGGCUCGGCCACUGUGGGUAAAAGCACCCUGAUCAAGCGCUACUGUGAGAGUCGCUUCGUACAGAAGUACAUUCCCACCAUCGGCAUCGACUACGGGGUGAAACCCGUGAGGGUCUUGGGCCAUGACCUCAAGGUGAACUUCUUCGACACCUCAGGAGGAGAUGAGUUUCGGGAAAUUCGGACAGAGUUCUAUAACAUGGGGCACUCGAGCGCCAUCCUGCUGGUGUAUGAUGUGACGAAUAGAAAGAGCUUUGCCGACCUCUCCCUUUGGUUGGAGGAGGCCCAAGCACAUCACUGCCCGCUGUCGCGUGGUGCCCCUGGCCGUCGCGUGGCGCUGUGCGCCAACAAGUUGGACCUGGGCCGCCGCGCUGUCAGCCGCGCCGAGGGCGAAGACUUCGCCGCCUCGCAUGGCAUGCGCUACUUCGAGACCUCCGCGGCGACGGGGGGAGCAGGUCACAGAGGCCAUGAAUUACCUGUUCGAGCAGGCGGUGAAUCAUCACUUGGAAAUUGGCAGGAAGAUUGCCAUGGGUGCUGGGUGAGGGCGUCGUCUGAAGCCUGCCAAAUUGUCCACUCAGUCCACGCUCUUUGGUUUGUCAUUCGUAUAUAUAUAUAUAUACUUAUACAAAUAUACAUAAAUACAUAUAGAGAAGCAAAGACUUACGAAUGUCAAAAGAAGGGCGCCAUUGCAUCGUCACCUGUUGUCACAACGUUUUACACUUUGCAUGUAGCAGAAUGACAAGAAGCUGUGUCAUGCUGCACGCGAAUGGGCUUAAAAUCCUGCCUGCCAGCACCUACUCUAAC